AUGCUUCAAUCAAAGAAAACAUCGAUCUAUCCAGAUUUACCGCUUCCAGUUGAUAAAUUGAAUGUGCUUGAUGGUCCAACAACGUGCACUGAGUGGCAUCGUCUAUGGUCGGCAUUCGGCUUUAAUGAUCAUCAAUGGACGUCCCGUGCUACUAAAGUGGAAGAAUACACUCGGAAACUACUUGCCGACAAACUCUUUCUUUACAAAGAACAAUUAAAUAAACGUCAGCAACUUCUUAGACAAUCGCUUGAUGAUUACGAAGAUCUUCUUCACCGAACUGGACUUGAGUCUUCCAUUGAAACAUCGUCGUUUGAAGGAUUGAAAUUAAAAGAGCAAGAAAUUUAUCUUGAUAGAAAAAUGCAUGAAUUAUUAAUGCAUGAAGAUCAACUGAUUCGUCAACGAACUGAACUUGAAAUUAAACAAAAGCAUCUCUGUACAUUACUUCACACAACUCCUAUUGAGCCCGAUAAAAACAUUCCUCUUUCACUUGUACAGAUCAAUCAAAAUUUACAGGAACAUGUAAAAAUGCUCAGCGAGCUAAAAGAAUCACGCUUAGCUCAAGUUUCAACAUAUUACGUUAGACUGAAAGAGUAUUCGGAGCUGUUAGAAUGGACGCCAUCGUCAUCAACUGUUGAACAUCUUCUUCUACAACAGUAUGACGAUUGUUUAACUGCAGAUGAUCUCAAUGAAAUCGAAAUGACGAUGCGUAAAUUAGAACAUCGCAUUGAAAAUCAAAAAGCUCGCUUUUCCGCACUACAUAAUCAACUCGGACAUCUCUAUCGACGUUUGAAGAAAGAUCCGAAUAAAGAUUAUUGCUUGGCGUACAAAACCGGAUGCGAACAUAUAAAUGCAUUUGUGAUCAAACAACUCGAGCACGAAAUCGAAUGUUGCCGAAGUGAACGCAUGAAAAAUGGCAAAGAAUAUUGUCAAUCGAUUCGGCAACAGAUUGUUGAUCUAUUGGAGAAAGCGCAUUUAAACAUCGAAGAACGAGCGACUGUGGAAAAACUGGAUUUCGAAACUUUAUCUCCAGAGUUACUUGAUGCUUACGAUACGGAAUACGAACGUGUAUCUGAACUGUACGAAAAUCGUAAACAAGUUCUUGAUGCAUAUCACAAAUGGCUUUCUUUCUGGAAUGAUUUUGUCACAUUUACGAAAGCAUCAACUGAUCCAGGACGAUUUCAUAUUCGCGGUUAUAAUGCUGAGAUGGAAGCACGACAGCGUAAAAAGUUCCAUCGGGAAUUACCGAUAGUUGAGCAAGAAUUCUUGAGUACUCUAACUGAAUUCGACGAUCGAACGUUUUUGUAUGACAACGUGCCAAUACGACAAAAGUUUGAUGAAGCCCAUCAGCAAAUUCCAGCAGUUUCAAUACCAAUCAAUACACCUGGAAGAACACCAGCUGCAACACGCUUAUUGGGUCUUACACCGGUUCGAACUCGAACACCUGUAAUAACGCCUCGUCGAACAGUAGCUAAGGAGCCAUUCGUACUGGGUACAGCCAUUACAAAUACAGCACGACGUGCAAUAAAAACACCAGCCUCUAAUGUAGCAAGAAGACUAUUGAGUAAAGGAACACAUCAUGUAGAAACAACACCAGCUCGUGUCAAACCACGACCACCGCCACCACUUCAACCAUCAACAUCAUCAGCUGCAUUACAAUUAUCACCACCAAAAGCUAAUGUUGAGCUGCCAGUUUGUCCUCCGACAAGUACAAAUGAUCAAUCAUUGGAUUUCUCACUUUUGCAUACAAUGAAAAACAUCUAUGGCCAAAUAAAAAUUAUGACAUCAACUCCUAAUACAUCGUUCUUCCCCGUGGACAAUCAUUACAAUAAAACAGCUCACAAUACAAUCGGUGAACGUAAAUCAAAAAGACAAUCCAAACGAAUGCAUCAGCCAUUACAUAGAAUUGAAGACAUCAAUGACGAAACUAUCGUAUGCUUAUGA